AUGGGCAAAUUGCUGAUUCUUGCUGGGCUGGCCUUCCUGCUGCAGCUGGGCACGGCAACCAAAAUUGUGUGUUACUUCACCAACUGGAGCCAGUACCGCCCUGGGGUUGCCAGCUACAUGCCCGAGAAUGUGGACCCGUGUCUCUGCACGCACAUCAUCUAUGCCUUCGCUGGCAUGGCCAACAACCAGAUCAAAACCAUCGAGUGGAAUGAUGAGGUCCUGUAUGCUGGCAUCAAUGGCCUCAAGGACUACAACACAGAACUGAAAACCCUGCUGUCUGUUGGUGGCUGGAACUUUGGAACCCAGGGAUUCUCCAACAUGGUGGCCACUGCUGAGAACCGCCAGACCUUCAUCCAGUCAGCCAUUCAGUUUCUGAGGAAGUACAGCUUCGAUGGGCUGGACAUUGAUUGGGAGUAUCCCGGCAACCGUGGCAGCCCAGCUGACACCCAGCAGCUCUUCACUGUCCUGUUGAAGGAAAUGUAUGAGGCUUUUGAGCAAGAGGCGACCCAGAGCAACAAGCCUAGGUUGCUGAUUUCUGCUGCUGUGUCGGCAGGCAAAGGUACCAUUGAGACUGCCUACCAGAUCCCCGAGAUGUCUAAGUACAUGGACCUCAUCAAUGUGAUGACCUAUGACCUAAGGGGCUCCUGGGAGGGCUUCACAGGAGAGAACAGCCCCCUGUUUGCAGGACCCAGUGACCAGGGAGACUACAAAUUCUUUAAUGUGGAUUAUGCGAUGAACUACUGGAAGAACCAAGGUGCCCCUGCCGAGAAGCUGAUGGUGGGCUUUGGGGCUUACGCCCGGACCUUCACUCUCACUAACCCUGCCAACCAUGGCCUGGAUGCCCCCACCUCUGGCCCUGGGACUGCCGGGCCCUAUACUCAGGAAGCUGGGACUCUUGCCUACUUUGAGGUCUGCUCCUUCCUGAAAGGAGCCACGGAGGUAUGGAACGCUCCCCAGGAGGUGCCCUAUGCCUACAAGGGGAACCAGUGGAUUGGAUAUGCCAAUCCCAAGAGCUUCACCCUCAAGGCCGAGUGGCUGCUGAAGAACAGCUUUGGAGGCGCCAUGGUCUGGGCCAUUGACUUGGACGACUUCACAGGCACUUUCUGUGGAGAAGGCAAAUACCCUCUCAUGAAUGCCCUCAAGUCUGCGCUCGGUGUCUCCACUCCCAGUUGCAAAGCUCCAGCCCAACCCAUUGCUCCCAUCACUGAGGCUCCCAGUACAGGUGGUGGCAGUGGCAGCAGCAGUGGCAGUGGCAGUGGCAGCUCAGGAGGCAGCUCCAGUGGCAGCGGAUUCUGUGCCAACAGGGCCAGUGGCCUGUACCCUGACCCCGCUGACAAAAAUGCCUUCUACAACUGUGUGAAUGGACAGACAUUCAUUCAGCACUGCCAGACUGGCCUGGUCUUUGAUGCCUCCUGUUCCUGCUGCAACUGGUGA